GGUGGCGGCGCCGCCGCCGGCGUACCCGGCACACCUUCCGCACCGCCGCCCGGCGUACAGUGGUGGUAUUCAGGCGGAGUCAUGGACGCUGCCGCACAGAACAACCUGCACCAGCAGUUGCAGGGCCAGCAGCAACAACAGCAGCCGCAGCAGCAACAUCUCUCGCCCAUUACCACGCAAACGUCCACGCCCCCCGUUAUGUCCCCGCACCCAAUACAGCAGAUACCGCAAAAUAAUCUUCAACAAAAUAACGCUCAGAGUCUGCAGCGGGACAAUAUGCCGAGAGGAAAAGAUUCGAAGCCAAGAGGACGGAUGACAGCGUACGCGUUCUUCGUCCAGACAUGUCGCCAGGAGCAUAAAAAGAAGCAUCCCGAGGAAAAGAUCGUCUUUCGAGAAUUCUCCAAAAAGUGUGCAAUGAGGUGGAAGACUAUGUCGGACAUCGAGAAGAAACGUUUCCAUGAAAUGGCAGAGAAAGAUAAGAAGAGAUACGACACGGAGAUGCAGAACUAUACGCCACCUAAGGGAGAAAAUAAGGGCAGGGGCAAGAAACGUAAACACAUCAAGGAUCACAAUGCUCCCAAGAGAUCGCUGUCUGCUUUCUUCUGGUUCUGCAAUGACGAACGUGGUAAGGUCAAAAUGCUGAAUCCUGAAUACGGUGUAGGUGAUAUAGCUAAGGAAUUAGGCAAGAAAUGGUCGGACGCAGAUCCCGAAACCAAAUCCAAAUACGAGGCUAUGGCAGAAAAGGAUAAGGCUCGAUAUGAAAGGGAAAUGACCGCGUACAAAAAGAAAAUGCAAAAUGACGGAGCCCCGAUGGUAGGAGGUGCACAAGCGAACCAAACUACAAUAAAAAGUGACAGCGAAGAAGAAUGGAAGGAAGACGACGAAUAGCGGAUGCACGUCGAAAUUUCUUCAUCUAUCACCCCGUGUCCUUCAUCCUGAAAGCAUACCUCACCUACUGUACGUACCAUUGACCUUAGCGUGAGCGUACUUACACCACCAUCACUAGGAGAACAAAGCAACUAACCACCAAGCAACCUACCAAUCAACCAAGCUCUUCAACAAUCCCCACCAACCUCCUAAUUCUUUCCCCGAUUAUUUACGAUAAUGAUAAAGUAAUCCGCGCUAAUUAUGGUAAUUAUUUUAAAAGGAAAAACUGGUAUGCAUGAGUGGUGCGCGAGCAUGAGCGAGCGAGGAUCAUUGUGUGAGUGAACAUUUGUACUUUAACAUAUUGAUAGUAACGAUGAUGUAAAGCGGCUAGUAGGAUAGCAGAAGAUAAUGAAAGAAAAAAGAAAUCAGAACCAUGAAUUAAAAGCAAAAACGGAAGAAAUAGGACAAGGCCCAUACUUUCUCUAUCCGGAUGGAAGGCGCAGGGGCUCAAUCAUUGUUGACUUUUUGCUCCGUCGACGCUAUAAUUAUGAGCUACGUAGCUUAGUUUACUAAUGACGAAACGCGAUAAUGACGGCCCCGUUAGCACGAGGAUCGGAGAUGUAAUUCUUUUUACGUGUUCUUUUGGAUUUUUUUCCGAUAUGCAAAAUCAUGCUUUUUCGAUUGUCUUUUUCACGCAUUGCCAUUGACACGGGAGAGAUCACUGUUUUAGAUCUUCGUUCUUGAGAGGGGCAAGUCUUAUUGUGCGUCGUUGCAAAAUUAAUAUACUAUACUUUUGGGGAUCUUCCUUUUAGUUCAGUUCAAUUCCAGUUCAGUUCAAUUCUGUUCACUUGUUGCCAGCGUCGUUAUGGCAUGAACACGUAUACACACACACACACACAA